AAAUGGAUUGACAGAUUCUUCGAUUUUCGUAAUUUAUUUUUGGUUACAAUUAUUAAUGUCUUUUUUACUUUUUAGGCAUCAUUUGUGCUACUAUUUAUGGUUCUAAGUAAAACUUAAUAUGUUAUAAACAAAAUCAAAUACCAUCGUUAACCAGAAUUAUGUUGCAACUUCUAGAAAAAUAACUUUGGUAUGAUAACAAAAGAUAUAAAAUUUGUGUCUUGUCUUGUUGUUAUAAGAUUUUCAUCACAUGUGUGCCUCUAGGAAUAAUAAGUCAUGAAUGUUAAUAAACGUAAAAGUUCGGGUAUGUAUACGUAAUUGUGCAGAAUCAAGAUUUUUUGGAUUGUGACGUCACAAAGUCUGCGACUUAUUUACAGUGCGAAUUAAGGUAUCGAAAAUGUUAUUUUAUUUUUAUUAGUACGUGGAUUUGUAUUCAGUGGAACCUAGUGCGCGUACAAUUAGCUACGUAGUGGUGGGCUCCCGCUAGGAUGGGCGGCGAUGUCUGCCCCCUCCGAGAGUGCUACGAGCCCCUCACCGUGUGCAUGCACUAACAUAUCGCUUAUGCAAUUGUUUCAUGAGCUAAAGCAAAAGUUUCCUGGCGUUCCUGAUCAUGUUGUGUCCAACACCAUUGAACUGUACUGCCACGACAAGCAAGCCUGCGAGUCACAUCUCCAUAAAGAAGUCAAAGCCUCCCUAACGCACGCAUAUCACGCGUCUUCGUCGGCAGCCGCGCGGCAGCUUAAUGAACUCAAACUCAACCCUCCCAACAAAUGUCGUAACCAGCCAAUAAUCAAACAUGAAAUUGCAAAAUCAACAGCAAUAAAGUCUAUAUCUUGUCAAGGGCCACAAACAGCUAUCCUAAGCUCUCCUGUUCUUACAAAUGACACAGAAAAGAAAAUAAGCACUGAUGCUAAUCAGAAUGUAGUGGAACAUUUGUCUGAUCAAGAGACAGAGAAUAACAACAUCACAAGCCCUGUAACCACUAUAAAUAUUGACAAGUGCUGUGCAAAGUACAAUGUGGAAUCACCAAGUGAUAUUGAGUUGACUAAUGAAAGUGUAAAGGAAAGUGUGAGCACACCACAAGAUAAAGAAUUGGAGCCUAGCCCAUCAUCAGAGAGUUUAAAUUAUAAAAUACAUAAGAGUAACAAAAUAAGAAGCAACUUGAAUGAGAGGCUACAGGUGCCACGGGAGAAAGCAAAGAGGCCAAACACACUCGACUUCAUAAAACCAAACCCAGAUAUUGCAUUUAAACAAACACUAAAAGAGCCAGAACCCGAUGUGAGUAGAACAGUUUCUCCGGUGCCACCUAAAUAUGAAAGUCAACCAAAAGAUCCUAACACUGGUACCUCAUACAGAACAGAGCGAGGCUAUCCUGUGAAUUUGUCAGUAAAUGUUAAUUGUCAUAUGGACUUGAGUCAUUAUGAUGAUCUAUGGUUAGAAGAUUAUGAUAGUCCGAGAGCUAUAACAUCAGUAAAUUUAACUGUGUGUACCCCUACUUCAAAUAUGGCUAGUCCAGUUAGGGAAUCACAGGAAAACGAUGGGGGUUUCGGAGGGCAUGUAACAGUGACUGUGAGCCCGAGUACGACGCGGCCAACACGACGCAAGGCUCCGGCACCGCCACCACCGCAGCCUUCACAAUCUUCACGGUUAAACUCACCAAGGCCUUCUAGGGUCGCUCCUGAACCACCUGGAUCAACAAUACAGGAUCGUUCCCUAAUCGAGCGGCAGAAGGAGAGGCGAGAUCGUUUAGCCAAAGCCCUGGAGCAGGAAAAACGGAGGUUGGCGCAGCUGACACGUGAGACCAAAAUCCUGGCUGCGCCCACCCCGCCGCCGUCCGCUGCGCAAGCGCUGCGAAGUUGUGUGGAGCAACUACGCAACCAGUGCGACUUGAUGUCAAAGAAACUCGAAAUGCGGACUAACGAUCCUGAGGACACUGGUAACUUCUACAACAACAUAUACACGGGCCAAUUGCCGCCGCCGUACUGGCAGUGCCACAUGUGCACGUUCAGGAACUUCCCGCUGCUCAACCGGUGCGAGGAGUGCGACAUGCCACGCAUAUUCGUAGGUACGUCCACCGCCGGCCCCCUUCAGCUCCCACGCGAACUCCAGGACCUGGAGGGGCCCCACCGGUCGGUCAUGCAAAACUCUUAAUGUGUACCCUAGUUCCUCUAUCGCCUUCAACAGUGCCUACAAGACAGUGAAAGUGUUUGAUUUUGAAGUGUUCAUACGAGGCUAUACGGACCUAUUUGUGCUUUCGUUUAACCCUAGCAUGUCGGCAUGCGGACGUUCAGAUUAACUCAGGAAGUACCAAUGUGGUCCACUGAACAUUUUGCCUGUUGGUAACCCUCCAAGUGUUUUGUCGUUAUGAAAUUCUUUAUAUACCUCUUGCAUGUGUGUUAGUGUUGAUUUUAUAUUUUGACUUUAUUAACACUCUGUGAUUGUAAGUGCGGUCAGCGAACAUGCUUCCAUUUGUUUAAUCACGCGAACCGUAAAGAUUUUAUGAACUAUAUUCAGCGACAAAUAUAGAGGUGUACUUAAUAUAUACAUUGUUCAGAAUAGAAUUAGGUUAUAGGAUAUGAAAGUAGAGCCAUUAAAAUUAAUGGUAAGGUCGGCAGGAGUAUUGACUGAACAAAACAUACAAUAAUGAAAAUAUUAUCUUGCGCUUUAUAAUCUCUUACAUCUCAAGGCUGUUUACUUAAAGUAUAUAAUGCAAUAUAUGUAUAUAAUGUUAGAAUAGAUGAUAUCACAAAUAUUUCCUAUUAGGAGAAUGCCACAUCGUGCCUCCUGUAGAAUAUUAUGUUUCUUUGUUAUAGGUCAUUAUUUAACGUUAGGUUUGUGAUUGUUGAAAAUAUUAGUAUAAUUGAUAUUUAAUAUACAGAUGUAUUUAUUGUUUUAAAUUAGGCAAACAUUAUAACAUCACUUGUUAUCUGGUCAGACACAGACAUCACAAGAUCUCAAGUAAAGACUAAACGCGCCUUGCCAAAAAUGUUACUUUACAAAUUUAUUUAUUGAUUGUUUUAAAAGAGUUGUAGAACUUAAAAUUUGCUCAAAUUCAUCAGCUCAUAAGUGUUCGAUAAUAAUGUAAUUCAUAUUUUAUGCCACAAUGUUGUACUUAAAUCACAUUUUUUAUACAGGAAUGUGUUUGUAUACAUAAUUGUCAGUCCUUUUAUUUACAUAUCAAAUUAUUGCAUCACAUGAUAAUAUAUUUAAAUAUCCGAGAACCAGGUACUUUAUUGAAGUAUGUAUAGGCAAAUAACUAUAUUGCAUAUUAAAGAUUAAAACUUGCAACUUUAUGGUAACUAUUUAUUUGAUUUUAAUAAGUGCAUAUUUAGGCUGCUAGUAUACAGUCGGUCAGUUCUCCAGUGGCCGAAAUAAGACUUAACAUUCCUUUUGACUUCGAUUGGCACAUUUGUUUGCUACGUCUUCACAGAUGCGCCAACUGGAAUCCAUGGAAACGUUAGUCGUAUUCGAGUAACCUGACGUCUGAUCGACUGUAUAUGAUCGGCCUUAGAUAUAAUAUUACUACAAGAUGAUGGUUUGCUAUUAAUUAUUAUAAAAGCGCAAUCGAAUUUAACUGUGAUAGGAUAAGGCGAAACGUUUUACAGUCUUUUCAUCGUUCCAUAAUGAAAUGCUAAAUAGGAGAAAAUGUUUCAAAAAUAUGUUUUUUGCAAUACAACAGUGUGAUACGGGUAUAGCUAGCAGUAACGAUGUAACGGAAACGUAGUGGGGGAAUAGUAACUGUAAUAGUUACUCUAUUAACCCUCAUAUUGAUAAAAGUUAAAACAUACAUAAAUAUUAGUGGUCAGAACAAUCUAAAUUUAAAAUAUGUUUAAAAACAUUGUACUAUGAUGACAUAACACUUGGGUACAU